CUAGCAUUAUCAGCUCGACAACUUUCUCGACUUGCCUAUAUCUCUAACCCAGACAUAUCAAGUCAUCUUUCUCAGGGAACACCCCCAACUAUCUUCCCCAUCCGCAACCGCAUCAGCAACACCAACAACCUCAUCUCCAACCCAGAGCUCAAAGCCAACAACAACAAUGGCCUCUCUCCUCCCCCUCCGCCGGGCACCCACGUCCCUCCUCACCUCCACCUCCAAGCCAUCCACCCACCUCGCCCGCUCCCUCACCAGCACCUCCACCCGGACCUUCACAACCAGAUCCUCCACCCUCCUCCCCAACACCAUCACCAAAAGGACCACUGCCAUCAACCCCAUCCCUCGCCCUCACCACCACCCCCUGAUCUCCUCCCCAUCCAUCCGCCAGAAAAGCACCAAAGACAACGACCCCCCCACCUUUCGCCAAUGGGGCUUCGAAGACAUCACCGCCUCCCUCCCCAGCAACACCCCCAACAGCCCGACCCAAAAACCCAUUAUUCUAAUCGACGUGCGCGAGCCCGCCGAGCUCUCUUCCACGGGCAUCAUCCCCUCGGCCGUGAGCGUGCCGCUAGCAUCCCAGCCUGACGCGUUGUUCCUGACUCCAGAGGAAUUCGAGACGAGGUUUGGGUUCCCCAAGCCUGGUGUGAAGGGGGAGGAAGAGGACGCGGAGAUCGUGUUUUAUUGUAAGGCUGGGGUGAGGGCGCGCGCGGCGGCGCAGUUGGCGGAGCAGGCGGGGUAUGAGGCGGGUCGGCUGGGGGUUUAUGAUGGGAGUUGGUUGGAUUGGGCGAAGAGGGGGGGUAGGGUUGAGAGGUGGGAGGGGAAUGAUAAUUAAUUGAUUCUUAGGUAAGUGGUGGUGGUUGUGGUGGCGAUGGUGGUGGAUGAGGGUGAUGGUUGUAUAUAUUACUGUGUAUCAUGUGAAGUUGGAUGAACUACUGUAGGUGUGGUGAUGUACUAGUAUCAGUACUUAUGUUCUGGGGAAAAGUCGAACAAACAAUCAAUUCAACUAGAGAUCCAUGAUUAUCAUUAACAGAAAAACAAAAACCUAGGUAUCGACCACGCUUUACUUUUCCAACCACC